CUCCAACCGGCCACAAUAACCACCAGCACACAGACAAACGAAGAAAACUCGGGCCGGAACCCACCAAGGAUACUAUUCGUCUUCUUCUUUGCUUGCUCAAUCGUGUUAAGCAAAUCCCAAGCCUGACAAUGUUCGACCUGCCAAUGGCGAAACGCGUCCGCCGCGACGAGCUACUAUCCCGCGACUCCGAAUCGCCGCCCGCAUCCCCGCCUCCGGAAUCCGCCCUCCCAGAAGCCCAGCAACGUCUCGGGCAAUUGCUCGACCUCGACUCCCUGCUCGCACCCGCGUACUCCGCGCCCGAACCCACCCAACCCCACGAGAACGAUGACCCAAAGGCAGAAGAUGAGGAGCAGGAGUUCGAGUUCCGGUUGUUCAGCGCGCCCGCUCCCGCGUCCGCAGCAGCCACGAAGCCCCAUGCAGACGAGAACAAGACGACCACGCCCGCCGUAGAGGUUGCGGCGGCGCAGAAACUACGCAUCCGGGUCCGCUCUCCCUCGCCUGGGGCUGGAGGGCUGGAGGACGGGCGCCUUGUGAACCCGUUCCGUGGAUAUGGGCACUAUUUCACCGCGCCGGGGUCGAUGACCGGGGGUAAGGUUGAUGGUCACGAGGAGGAGAGCCUUAGGGCCAAGAGGCGGCAGUUUGAGGAGGUGGCUGUUUCCGGGCUGCAGAUGUUGGGGUUUGCGCAGGUACCCUGGCCGGGUUGUUAUCUUCCCUGGAAAGUGAUUCAUUUGAAGAGCGAGAAAAAGACAAAAGGGUCGAAUGGUGCGAAGGAUAUCGAUGCGAAGCCUACCGCUUAUGUGGUAGAUCCGCCUGAGAGGGUCCCGGUUUCGAGCACGAAGCCUGGAAAGAAGCGGCGCAUUCAGCUGCGGAAACGCCGGACGGCUAGGGAAGAAGCGAAGAAAAGGGAGGAAGAGGAACAGCAACGCAAAGCGGAGAAACGCAAUCGGAAGAACCGCGAGCAGAAGCUGAAGCGGAGGCAGAAGGCUAGAGAACAAAAGGCCGCUGCUGCCGCCGCCGGUGGUGCAGCCGAGGGCCAGUCUACACAGCCCGUUGAGAUGGAUGUAGAUGCUUCUUCGGAUGGAGGAAGUGACUGAGGCCUUCUCUUGAAAGUGUAUUAUAUCCCAAGUCAUUUUCAGCCUAUGAUACCC